AUGGGAUUGUCUUUUAGUUCAUUAACCACCUCCAGUGUGAAGGAAUGUGAUGUACCCUUUGGUACAUCAAGCCAUAUGGCAGACCCUGGUCUUCAGGAACUUCUGAUGGGAACCAAUCUCCCUGCUUCAAGGGCCUUCUGGAUCCAUCUAGAAUCUUUGAUUCAUGGAGCCCACAGCAUGCCUUCUCUGCUGGUGCAGAUAGGGUCGGCCAGUCUCAGUGGGGAGCAGAGAGACACACCCUUGUUUGGUGUGCUUGGAAAAUGUAGUUGUGAUUGUACUAAAGCAGAAAAGAAGCUUGGCAUAAAGUCAGAACCUAUUGAGCUGAACAGUUUGGAAAGAAGGAUGAAACAUUCUACCUCAGCUGAAGGCCCAUUGUAUGUGGAAAAGAGUGAAGGGAUGCUGGUACUCACUGCAAAGGGACUGACAUCCUUCCAGGUCACCUUUUUGGAUCUGAAAACCUUAGCGGAAUUCCCUACAAGGAAAGGAACUGAAUACUUUGUUGAGGAAAUCAAAGUCCUUCCCGGAAUCUUUUCACCCCCAAAAACUUAUGAUGAGCAGAGCACAUGGAUCCAGAUGCCUCCAGAGGAGACCUUCCAUCCAUUUGGGCCAGGAAUUGGGUUUGGAUCCAGUCCUCCACUGAAAGUCAUCACAGCAAUCAAAGUGGAGCAGACUUUCCCAAGCCUGACUGACCACCAAACCAGUAAACCAAGCCUAAUGCCAUCCAGCAGACAUGAAAGAAAUGACCCUAAGAUGGACAAGUAAAGACUGAAAGACUCUUUUCAAUCCCAGAAGACAGCUGUAAAGACUAUGGGGGAGGGUGGAAAGUGAUUAUAAGGUUUUCUUUCUUUGCUCCUUCACAGAAAUUCAUUGUAAAGUUUUCUUUCUUGUCUCAUUUACAUUGUAAUCAGUUUAAUGUAUUCAUGUAAAAAUUGUAUUUGAGAAUGGCUAGCACAGCACAUUCUGAACACCUGAUAUUUCUAUCUGGUGGAAGGGAGAUUUGUCCCAAAUGUCUAUAUUUUCAGUAUUGUAGCAGC